GGGCGGGUGGAUUGAUCUAUUGGUUCAUUCGCAGGGGUUCGCCGGGACGGAGAGGCGGGCGGGCGGGCGACCAGCAGCUGCGGCAGCGGAUGGGAACAGGGCUAUUGCCAGGUCGAGGUCGGAGAGUUAAGUUCGCAGGAACCAUCGAACCAUGAGUGGGGCAUUCGACGCUCAGAUGGAGCCUCCCUGCUUGCUUGCCAUACCAGGCAGUCCGUAUUCCGUCUUUGUGAUCAAGGAGGGGUACGCCUACACAGAUGAGGAGGGCAACACAAGAGCGGAUGGUUCGAUAACCCUGGUGAAAGGGCCGCAGGUAGUCCUGGUGGACACGGGGAACCCAUGGGACGGCGGGGUGAUACUGAGGACCCUGGAAUCGCAUGGGCUCGGACCCGGGGACGUCUCGUACGUGGUCUGCACCCACGGCCACUCGGAUCACGUGGGCAACCUCGGCCUGUUCCCGGAGGCCACCUUCAUCGUGUCGUUCGACAUCUGCCGCCGGGACGCCUACCUGAGCCACGACUUCCGCUCCGGGCUGCCCUACAGGAUCGACGACUGGCUGGAGGUUUUCGCCACCCCGGGACACUGCGGCAGUGACGUCAGCCUCCUGGUGCGAGGCACUUGCCUGGGGACAGUGGUGGUGGCGGGGGACCUGUUCGAGAGGGAGGACGACGAGCAGAGCUGGCGGGAGCUCAGCGAGAACCCCGAGCUACAGGCGCGACACAGGGACAGGGUGCGGACUCUGGCCGAUGUCAUCAUUCCCGGUCAUGGGCCACCCUUCAGGGUAACAAAAGAAAGCGUCCCGGCCACUGACACCUGUGUUUAGGUGCUGAGCCACCCCUCUGUAGGUAACGGGGGAUCCAGGAGAAGCAGCAAAGGCAGAGUAAGACCAUAAGACAUCGUCGUGGCUAUCCCUCGAGGUUGAGGAUGAUGGUCUCCGCUCCGUAGAUCUAUUUAUGGGCUCUCAAGUGGCUUAUGAGUCCAAUCUUGGCUCUGAAAAUUCUUCCGCAUUCAGGACAGGUAGUUCCAGAUGGCAGAUCGGGCUUUAGCCCACAGAGUGAAAACGCCUGUGCGUGUAUUUGUUUAACGUGUACCUGAUGUCGCACUACAAAAAGCACACGAUGCUUCACAGAUCAACCAACUGAUUCCAAUGGCAUGGAAACCACGACGAUUGGAGCUGAUGGAUUUGUGGGAGCCUUCAUCCGCCUUCACAGCCAUUGAGUUCGAAGUAACUUCGUCCGCCUGUUCCACCGUUGAGGUCUUGGUUGGAUUGUUCUUUGUCAGGGACCUCACCAUCGACCUUACCGCCAUGGGUGACACCAGGAGCAGAGCUCCAGACGGCAUCGCUCUUGGGAUCUCAGAACCACACAAGCUUCUCCACCACGACAAGGUGACAAUCCACAGAGAAGAAGACCAUAAGACCGUAAGAGAAAGGAGCAGAAGUCGGCCAUUCAGCCCAUCGAAUCUGCUCUGUCAUUCUCCCAUUUAGCCCCACUCCCCCGCCUUCUCACCAUAACCUCUGAUGCCCCUGGCUACUCAGAUACCUAUCAAUCUCUGCCUCAAAUACACCCAAUGACUUUGCCUCCACAGCUGCCCGUGGCAACAAAUUCCACAGAUUCACCACUCUCUGGCUAAAGAAAUUUCCCCGCAUCUCCGUUCUGAAUGGGUGCCCUUCAAUCCUGAAGUCGUGCCCUCUUGUACUAGACUCCCCUACCAUGGGAAACAACUUCGCCACAUCUACUCUGUCCGGGCCUUUUAACAUUCGAAAUGUUUCUAUGAGGUCUCCCCUCAUUCUUCUGAACUCCGGGGAAUACAGCCCAAGAGCCGUCAAACGUUCCUCAUACGUUAACCCUCUCAUUCCUGGAAUCAUUCCAGUGAAUCUUCUCUGAAUCCUCUCCAACGUCACAGCCUUACCUCCAGUGACCAGGACACACGUAUCCAACUCGAGCUCAUUCCCUGAAUUUAAGUUCACAGCUGUCGUGGUGGGAUUAGAAACUUUUUUCUAAAUUUCAUAGGGUAAUACAGUGCGGAAACAGGCCCUUCGGCCCAACUGGGUCCUGCUGACCACUGCAUCCUCCCUGCUAGUCCCAGUUGCCUGCUUUCAGCCCAAUACACAGUUCCUCCCCAAGCUUACAAACGCCCGCCUUAUAUACAGCCCAUACUUACAAACGAGUGUUUGGGAGACCGGCGGGACGGAGUUGCCGGCUGCUGCGGGACUCGGUUCGCGGCUGCAUUUCUGACUUGCGAACAGUCCGGGUUACGGGCAGUUCACGGGAGCAGGACCCUGCCGUAACCUGGGGAGGACCUGGAUGUACUUUAUUUAUUAAAAUAAAUUCAAAAGUGCUUAGCACAGAAUAUAUCGAGUCAACAUUUUCAUGAUGUCGUGUUACUCCUGAUACUUUGGGGGUUCUGACUGGGAAUUUUUCACCCAGAGGGUGGUUGGAAUUCUGCAUGAAGAGGUGGAGACUCUCACAACUUUUAAGAAGUGUCUAGGGGCCCCCCCAGGUUACCUGACAUUAUGCAAAUUCUCCCAUACA